GUGACGUAGACGGAAGUACAUCCUCAGCUAUGUUUCGUAUUGUCAUUUACCGCGGUCUCCUCACACAUGAUAUCUCAUGAAGUUUUAUUCUGUAGUAUCAAGCCAAAAUGAGUGGUGGGAACAAUCAAAAAACGUUGUUCCAGGCUUGGGGUGGAUCUGUUCCUCAGAAAAAUCCUAUUCCAACCAAACACAAUGCCAGAAAAACUGUUAAACGGCCUCUUCAAAGGAACAAAACAGACACACACACUGUGGAAACAGCAAAGACACAACAGCAACAACGGGUGAAUGGACAAGCUUUACCUCCUCGCCGUUCGCUUUGGGGUGAGAUCGGUCAGGUUUCGGGGCCAGUACACACGGCAGCAAGGAUGGAGGACGUUCAGGAACUUGACGACGAUGAGCUAUUGUUAGUUGCUGUGUACGAAGCUGAGCAGACUUUGCAAACUGAUGCCACUGCUGCCCAAGAUGAUAAAAAACAUACAACUGAAGAGAUUGAACCCUCUCCACUUUGUUCAAGUGGACGUUACAAUCAAGAUUUUCCUGGUUUUGAUAGCUCAUCGGCUACAGUUUGGAUCUAUCCUACUAACCUCCCCAUCAGAGAAUACCAGCUGAAAAUAUCGGAGGCUGCCUUGUUCCAAAACACCCUGGUAUGUCUUCCCACCGGUUUGGGAAAGACGUUUAUAGCCGCUGUUGUCAUGUACAAUUUCUAUCGCUGGUACCCGUCAGGGAAGAUUGUGUUCAUGGCCCCAACCAAACCCCUUGUAGCUCAACAAAUUGAGGCCUGUUAUAAAGUGAUGGGAAUCCCCCAGAAACACAUGGCUGAGCUGACAGGGAGCACUAAGGCGGGCCAAAGGCGGGAGCUGUGGAAGUCUCGGCGGGUGUUCUUCCUCACGCCCCAGGUCAUGGUCAAUGACCUGUCGAGAGAAACCUGUCCCGCACUGCAGGUCAAGUGUGUGGUCAUCGAUGAGGCGCACAAGGCACUGGGCAACCAAGCUUACUGUCAGGUUGUCCGGCAGCUGUGCUCCCAGACGCAGCAGUUUCGGAUCCUUGCUCUGAGUGCCACACCUGGGGGAGACUCUAAAGCUGUGCAGCAGGUGAUCUCCAACCUGCUGAUCUCCCACAUCGAGCUGCGCUCGGAGGCCAGUCCCGACAUCAAGGCUCACACCCACCAGCGCACCCUGGAGAAGGUGGUGGUCCCCCUGGGGGAGGCCCUCGCAGCUCAGCAGGCACGCUACCUGCAGGUGAUGGAGAAGUUUACGUCCCGUCUGACCCAGAACCAAGUGAUGAGCCACAAGAACCUGCGCUCUCUCACCAAGUUCCAGAUCAUCCUGGCCAGGGACCAGUUCAGGAAGAACCCCCCGCCACAUAUUAAGGGCCCCCAGCAGGGUGCGAUGGAGGGGGACUUCGCCCUGACCAUCAGCCUCUGCCAUGGCUACGAGCUGCUGAUGCAGAUGGGCCUCCGCUCCCUCUUCUUCUUCGUCCAGGGCAUCAUGGACGGCUCCAAAGUGAUGGCAAGGGCACGAAAUGAGUUGCAGAGAACUCCAGUCUUCAUGGACCUUUACAAGGAGAUGGAAGCUAUGUUUAUGAAGUCUCCUGCUGAUCCUGACCAGCCGUUCAUUUACAGUCAUCCCAAACUGAAGAAGCUGGAGGAGGUUGUCCUGCAGCACUUCAGACUAUGGGCAGAGAACUCCGCCAACAAGACUGAGACCACGUCGGGUUCUGCAGAAGGAGGAGUGAGCACCCGUGUCAUGAUCUUCUCGUCUUUCCGCGAGAGUGUGCAGGAGAUUGCUUCCAUGUUGAACCAGCACGCACCGCUGAUCAGGGUCAUGACCUUUAUGGGCCAGGCCUCGGCGGGUAAGGGGGUCAAAGGAUUCACCCAGAAGGAGCAGUUAGAGGUGGUGCGUAGUUUCCGCCAGGGGGGCUUCAACACGCUGGUGUCGACGUGCGUUGGGGAGGAGGGGCUGGACAUCGGCGAGGUGGACCUCAUCGUGUGCUUCGACGCCCAAAAGAGCCCCAUCCGCCUGGUGCAGCGCAUGGGCCGCACGGGGCGCAAGCGGCAGGGCCGAAUCGUGGUCAUCCUGGCCGAGGGCCGCGAGGAGAGGACCUACAACCAGAGCCAAAUCAACAAGAACAGCGUGGACAAGUCCAUCGUGGGCAACCAGAACAGCUUCCACAUGUACCCCCACAACCCCCGCAUGCUGCCCGAGGGAGUGACACCGACGCUGCAUAAGAUGCACAUCACCUGCGGCCAGUUCGACCACGGCGACGGCAGCGGCGGCGGUGGUGGUGGCAGGCGGGACUCGGGAGGUCGGAGAGCCCGCUCAGAGGGCCAGACACCCCUGAUCCACCCCCAGAACCUAGCGGUGUGUCAGAGCAGCGUGAGGUCGGAUGGAUUCCUGAGCCCGGCAGAGUAUUCCCUGUGGGCCUCCACCAUGAGGCUGAGGGAGGACGAGGCUCAGCCGACCCUGAGGACAUCGCAUUUCCUGUCCCUGCCGUGCACUCACACACCUACUACCCCCAGGGCGACAGACUCCCCUGGGAGGGGCCCUGGGGCCAGAGAGUUGUCCUUAUGGGAGUGGAGGCACUGGCAGAACCGCGCCCUGCCCACCUACUCGGUGGACCACUCCUCCCGCUGUGGUCACUUCAUCCAGGUGAUGGAGCUCAUAGACCGCCUGCGAGAAGAGAGCCCUGAGGGAGGAUGCAGUUACGAAAAGGAGCUUCUCCCUCACCUCCACAAGGGGGAUGUCAUCGGCCUCCUCCAGGAUGGACAGGCAGAGAAACCCUCCAAGAGACCAACCAAGAUGAACCCCAAGGCCUGCAGCACCAAGAGCAAAAGCAAGAGCUCCAGCCGGUCUGCCAGCGAACUGGAGGGUAUCGGUGAGGAGGAGGAGGAGGAGGACAGGGAUCACGGCAGAGGGAUCAGGUCAUUCUCGCCAUCGACCACCGUCCGGGGUAAGCCUCUGAUGGAAGACGACCCAGAUUUCAUGGGUUUCAGAGAUGAAGAACAGUCAAACCACGACCCCGGAAGGAUUCCAGAGACGCGGCAUGACUGCAUCGUUGAACCCGAGGACGACAACAUUUCCGAGAAUAAUAAUCUUUCGUCCCGCUGGGAUCUUGUGGGUGAACCACCUCCCAGCAUCGGCGUCCACGACAAUGACCCAGGGCUCGAGGAAAACAUUGAAUUCCAGGCCACGUUUUACCUACCCAGAGGAGUUCCCGUGGUUUCUUCCUCUCUCAAAUCCCUCCCAGAGGAACAGAAAUCGGAGCGUCUGAGGGUGAUAUUGGCCAACGUGGCGGAGCUGCUGUCCAGGUCUCCCCCACCGUUACCCUUAGACUUUGUCAUAGAGGAGGACAUGUUGGAGAUUGGGUCACCUGAUCCCCCAAUCCCUACCUCACUUCCUCCUUCCCCUGAACAGGUGCUGAGCGAACAGGAAGAGCAACAUCAGCCCCUCAUCCAGGUCAACUUUGACCUUGAUUUAGAUGAUGAUGAUGAUGAUGAUGAUGACGAUGAUGUCAUCGAUUGUGGGGAUGUCAUGAUGAAGAAUGACGACCCUUGUGCCGACGAUGUGUGUGAUGUUCCCGGUACCUCCGAGCCUAUCCUUAAUCCUCUGGAACCUGAAAUUGAAAGUGUAGCUGACAGCCCGAGCUGGGACGAGGUGUUUGGUUAUGCACUGGACCACAAUGGACCAAGAGAUGAGGUUUUUGUUGAUGACGAACCGGGCAACCAGGAUUUCAAUCAGCAGGUGGAUGAUCGUGGCAAAGCAGCAAAGUGUACGGGGAGAAGGACUGAAGAAGAAGCGGUCGGACGCCGGGAUGGGGAUGUGAACGCUGGGAGAAUGCCAGCAGGACCGUUGCUCGUCGAGCAGCGAGCCCCGUGUCGAGUGGCCGGGCCGAGUUAUGCAACCGUCUUGGACGAGAGCAUGGAUCUGUUUGGCGACGACGAGGCAUUCCUGCGAAUGACUAUCCCGGAGUUAUCCACACCGGAGGAAAGCUUCGCGGCAGACGCACCGCCGCAUCCCAAACACCUCGCCGAUGGCGUGAAACACGCCGAACCAAGCGUCUCGCAUUUUGCGGUGGGGAGUGCAUGUGACGCUAUAGACUUAACGGAAAGUGUGCGCAGACGACGGGCAAACUGCUCGGAGAUGUCUUCUUUCUCUGGUACGAAGCCCAUGGCGACCCCAGCGACCCACAGCCUGCCACCCACACACAGAGUCGUAAAAACACCACGACGCGGUCACGACAAGACACCGCCUACCGCGUCGGAAACGUCUCCAGACUCGCGCAACGCGGCACCGAGUGGCCACGGAGCAGACGCGCUUAUUUCCCAUGCCGGGCUAGGUCGCAUCGACGAUGCUUCUACCACAGAACCACCGAACGUGGAUUCGUUAGACGACUCCUGUGAUUUGUUCCCGGUGAACUUUGACCUUGGAUAUUCUCUGGACGACUCCGAGGAGGAAGCUGUGCAGGAGGAGGAUGAGGGUGUGGUUAUCGCAUCUGUCAUGAAGGCCUCACCCCACUGGAAGGAGCAGGGACUAGGUGAGGUGUGUUCAGCGGUGCCCCUGCCACCCAUCCCCGGCUCUUCCACCCCUCUCCACGGCCACCGCAGACCAAUCGGACCGGGGUCCUGUGGGCGCGGACUCCCUACCCCCAUAUCUCAUUCGGCCCCCCGCCGAGAGGGGGAAAUCAGUCACAUCCUGGCCACACCGUUGUCCUCUCAGGGCGGGCCUCUCGCGUCCCCCAGCGCUUGGGGGACUCUGAGGCGGACUCUCCUCCCCGGUCCUUCCCUCUGCCCGCCGGGCGGUCUGAAGAGGAAACAGCAGCAGGAGGAGGGGGAGGGCCCCAGCAGCGAGGCCAAGAGGCCCAACACAAGCCGGGCGGGAGCAUUCGGCAUGGAGGACAGCAGGGGAGCCAAGCCUUUGCGCAGCCAGCCUGCCACUGAUCCAGGUCUGUCCGACAGUGAGGAGGAGGUCCAGAUCAACAGGAGAAGACCGCAGGCCAGGGCUAACCCGCUGUCCUCACCAAAUGUGUCCAAGAUGUUUGGCCACGUGGAUUCCCCCGUUAUGGUGAAGAGGAAGAAGGCUGCAGUUCUGAACAUAUCCGAGGAGGCGCCAGAGGGAGCCACGUCCGACGAUGACUUCCAGAACGACUCGACGUUCUCGCACAAGCCCCGCCCCUCAAGACCCACCGGGCCAAUCCAACAGCAGGGAAAAACUCUGAAGACCAAGCGACAACGGGGGGGGCGGCACUUCCUGGACGAGGAGGCGGCGCUCUCAGAGGAGGAGGGGGAGGGGGUAUCUUCUGACGAAGAGGACGGUUACCACCUCAACCGGUCUCUGGAAGGCUUCGUCGUGGACAACUCAAACCUUUCCCAGGGGCUCAAUGAAUCUGAGAUGCACGGGAUGUAUCUGAAGUCCCUGAGAAGCCCAGUGGCCGCCGGGCACAGGUUCAAGAUGGUCUACAAACCCUCCCACAACAUGAACAUCUUCUCUCAGGUUCCCGAGAUGGACGAGACCUAUGCAGAGGACAGCUUUGUGGUGGGCAGUCAGGAGGAGGAGGAGGAGGAGGAGGAGGAGGAGGAGGAGGAGGAGGAGGAGGGAGGCGCUGAGGAUGAGGUGGUGGCUCUCCCAGAGGUCUCGUACGUGGACGGGAGGAAGCAGUACACCACCAGGCGCCAGGUGCUGCUGCACCACAUGAGGUCCAAGGCGGGUUCUUCCGGCCGCCGUGGGGCGGGGCACAUGGGCGUCCCGCCGAAGCCGGAUGAGACCGGCAAGCGGUCACGCAUCGUGAAGAUUCAGGACUCCAGUGAAGAGGAAGAGGAGGAGGAGGAGGAGGAGGGAGAGGCGGUCGCUGUUGUUAACUCCGCCGCCGCCACCCUCUUCAAGCCAUCUGCAGUACUAAAUGAUGCGACCCUGGACAAACCUCCACAACGACAAAAUGCUUCCUCCUUCUCUUACUCCUCCUCCUCCUCCUCCUCCAGUAUAGCAUCGAAGAUCUCCUCCCUAAGCAGGAAGACGCCCCACGCUUCCAGUACGGACUUGUUUAGAGAAAGCAGGUGUCGCCAGAGGUUAGAAAACCAGGCCCGGUUGUCUGAGGAGCUCGACUUUGAGGAGUCUGAGUCCAUGUUGGCCCCGCGGAAACCACCAAAGACGACCACAUCCACCCCGUCGUCGAAUCCCCAGCCCUACAAGCCUUUCGGUCAUGCUUUAUCGACGGACAAGCCCUCCAUGCUUCCCCCUGCCACCACCAUCACCACCGCCCCCACCACCACCACCACCCCCACCAACACUACCACCACCCCUGCCACCGUCUGCAUCCUGGUGGACAGCCGCUGCAUCAGCAGCAGUGCGGACCUGGUGAGCGGCCUGCGGCAGCACCACUCGGUCAACGUGCACGUGUGCUCGCUGGACAGCAACUACUUUGUGCUCAGCAACCGCAUGGCGGCGGAGCGACACACCCUGUCGGAGUUGGCCGGCGCUCAGAACCGGAAACGGCUGGUCAUGAGGGUGAACGGCCUGCAGGGCCUGUUCGAGCGCGCCUGCUUCAUCGUGGAGAAGGACCCCACCAAGCCAGGCGAGGUGGGUCGUUCGUUCCAGCGGACGGUCUUCUUCGAGGGCACGCUGGCGUCGCUGGUGCAGGCCGGCGUGCGUCUGCUGUGGAGCGACGGCGUGCGGGACAGCGCCCGCCUGCUGGCCGACCUGGCGCAGCUGGAGCAGAGGAAGGGCCAGGCCAUCAGCGUGCCCCUGGAGGUCAGAGGUCAGCACCGGCUGCAGGCCCUGCAGUUCUACCUGGCGCUGCCGGGCGUCGGCUACGUGCACGCGCUCCACAUGGUCCACAACUUCGUCUCCGUGGCCCAGUUCAUCACCAGCUCCGUGGAGGCCAUCCAGAAGGGAGGGGGGAUGAGUCGUAGCCGAGCCGAGGACACCUACCGCUGCAUACGUUACUCCUGCGACUCCUUCCUGCUAAAUACCUCCUCAGCCAAGAAGAAAAGGUAGCAGGCGAAAGCUGCAAACCACUAAAUCACUACUGCUCAAUUUAGUUUUUUUCCUCAUCCUUUGCACUCUAAUCAUGUCACAUUUUCCUUUGCAAUACAAUGCAAUAAUUUGUACCUAUUAUUUUGUACCGGACCAUAUUGGACCUUAAGUUUAUCAUUAUUUAUUGCUGCUCGCAUAGUGUAGAAAUCUUGGUUGUACUGAGUUUUUCAUAAAAAUGUGGAUGCCCUAGAUUAAAUAUGGUAUUUUGUUGUGCCACUUGUAUUUGUGUGCAAGUAUUAAUUAAUAUAAAUAAUUGGUUCACUUGAAUGUUCCUUUUCAGAUGACGUAAGAUAAAAUGGGUCGAUCCUCUUUGCGAUUCAAUAAAGUAUAAUUUAAGUAUUACAUUUACCUGUUAUAAGUUAUGUCAACUGCUCUGCAAUGUCUACCUCUUACCACUAAGACUAUAAAAUAAAUGUUGGAACUGG